AUGCAAGAUGAUUUUUGGUUGCUUUCUGUAGCUUUCUAUCUUGGAGCUCAUCUUGACUGUAAUGAAAGGAAGCAUCUAUUUAGCUUGAUCAAUGAUUUGCCCAUCUUUUUUGAAGUUAUGACAGAGAGGAAGCCUAUGAAAGACAAGCCCAGCAUGGACAGCAGAAACAAAUCUCAGGUUUGCACAAAGAGAUCAAUUGAUGGACAAGUUAAGAACAACCCUAAGCUUGUUAAGGAGAUUGAUGAGGAAGAAGAUGAUGAGCAUAACAAAACCCUUUGUGGAAGUUGUGGUGGAGAUUAUAGUGGAUAG